CACACCACUGAAUCCCCCGCCGCCAACCGCUUCCUCGGAUCCCCACACCGCCGCGCGCCUUCCCGGAGAACCCCGCCGCCGCGCGCCUUCCCGGAGAACACCGUCACUGCGCGCCCUCCCCGGAGACCCCGCUGCCGCGCCCCUUCCCUGCGCGCCUCCGGCGUCCCACCGCCGCAUUCCCGCCAUGGCCGCGCGCGGCUCAGCGCCAAAACCAUCGCCGGUGGAGAUCCAGCAGAGGUCCACCAGCUCCACGACCUCCACCUCCCAACCCCCGCCUACCCGCCGCCCCACCCAGCGCGUCGCCCUCUACACUCCACCACCACAUUCCCUGCGCCGCCGCCGGUGGGCAGAGCUUGGACGGGAUCCGAGCCUUCUUUCGACCGCACGCGCCUUCAACGCCAAAAAAUGUAGUCGUCGUCCCGCCUUCCUACCAUGUCUGCGGACCCACCUUCCUCCUCCGGCCGGGCGUCGGCGCCCCACCUUCGUCCUCCGGUCGGGCGCGCUGCUCGUCUGCUGCUGCCGCACAACUUCCUCCGUCGCCUGCGUCCCCCGCCACCAGGAGCCACCUCCCAAAUCCAUGGUGACACCCCUCCACUCCGGCCUCGCGCUUGGGCCUGUGACCCUGCCUAUCCGCCGCUUCGGCGCAGUUGACUCCCCAGCCAUCCCGCUUUGGCGAGCCAGCGCCUCAUCGACCUCAAUCGCCUCCCACCCUUGCUCCCUAGUUCCCGCGACGAAGGAGAAGACGUUGAUGCAAUGGUUCAGAUGCAGAGAAAUCUCAAUACAGAAAAGAGAAGUGCGUUGAUUUGUUGCACACAACCUGUUUGCUCUUAUGCCCAAGCAA